UGUGAGAUGUCCCAGGUUUUGCAGUCAAGAGCUGCAGCAAGAACAGGAAGUAGGACGUAGGUGAAUGGUUCAAGAAUCAAAACAUCGAAAACUGUUUUCGAAUUUGAUUUAUCCUUAGAAGGUUUGCUCACACUUCAAUGGCUGCAUUCAUUGCUGUGCAUGUUGGAGCAGGGGACCACAGUCGAUCCAAUCAUCCCAUCUACAAGUCCUGGAUGAGGAAAGCUUGCAGAAAAGGCCAGUUAAUCCUGCAAGGUGGAGGCUCUGCUGUUGAUGCAGUCUCGGCAGCCAUCCAGGUGCUUGAGGCUUGUGAGCUCACCAACACUGGAUAUGGUUCUGCUCUCACUAAUAGAGGUACUGUUGAGUGCGAUGCCGGUAUCAUGGAGAGCAGCGGUCUACGUCACGGUGCGGUGGGCGCCGUGUCUGGUAUCCAGCACCCUAUCUGUGUGGCUCAUAAACUCCUGACACUGCAGAGCAAGCCUCUGCUGGGCAACCUUGUACCACCCGCACUGCUGGUCGGUAGUGGAGCUGUCGAAUGGGCCGCUGCCAACGGCAUCGACACUUGUGAAGAAUCAAAGCUGGUUUCAGCAAAGAGCCUGGAGCGUCAUCGCUACUACCUCCGACAGCUGCGUAAGCUCAAGCACAAACAAAGAAGAGAAAAGCUCGCCUUGAAGUCGGCGUGCCUACACUCCACACGCCUGGCUGCUAACUGCAAUAUUAUCACAUUUGAAGAGACAACCGAAACUCAACGGAAAUCCUCCAGCUUUAAAAACGAAUCUGCAUUAAAUGGAGAUCCCACUACCAGGGAAACAACGGCUUCGGAGGAUGACAUGGAAGUAAUAGACGCAAGAGCACCAGAAGAAACGCUCCAGUUGGAGCAGGGAGAUUCCUCCCUAAUCUGUCCACACGAAGCAAACUCUAUGGAAAAUCUGGUUGAAUCAUUUCAUAAAUGUUCACCUUCUGUAUUUGUGAGCAGUAGUCAAGUCGGAAUAUCUAGAAUUCCAGUCGCUCACAGUUCAAGAAUGACGCACGAAGAUAUCUGCAGAUACACCAGUGCGAAAAGAAUACGGCAUGACAGUUCUGAAACUGAAAUUAAAGAAGGAAACACCAAGAGAACUAGAACAGUUUACAGUGCAAGGAAACUAAUAAGUGAGAGUCAGUCGAAUAAUAGUGACAAUGCAACAGGAAUUUAUGAGUCAAGCGCGAAUUGGAAGCUGCCGAAUGUGGGACCCAGCUUACGACGCAAGAGAACACAUGUAGGGGCAACCACUGAAGCCACGUCGAACGCGGGCCUUCUGAGCGACGAUGUCCCAACGGGAAGCAAGCCUUUGCAGACUGUAUUAGACACAGUGGGCUGCGUGGCCGUGAGUGCUGACGGCACCGUUGCUGCCGGCGCCUCCAGCGGGGGAAUUCUACUCAAGACGCCAGGCAGAGUCGGGCAGUCAGCAGUGCUGGGCGCAGGGUACUGGGCUGAGAAUGACUGUAAAGGGAGCGGCCGUAACAUCGCGGUGUGCACCAGCGGCUGCGGCGAGAUGCUCGUCAGCUCCCACCUCGCCAUGAACGCCGCAGCGGCCGUAGCCAGCACUGCGGACGGUGACUGGACUGACUUGCCGCGGCCGCUGAAAGCGUUGCUCUUAGACUCGAAAUUCCUGAAAUCGUACAGCCGCCCCAAGUCCAGCGGAUGUCUGAUCCUGAAACACAACCCUGCUGAAGGCUACACUGAUCUCUACUGCUGCCACUCCUCCAUCAGUUUCGGCUUUGCCUACAUGGGUGCCGAGGAUGAAAACCCUAAGGCGGUUUUCUCGAGCAUGGAUGCAGAGCAAGAAGGCCAAGACAUGCUCAUGAACUGCUUCUCGUAUUUCCCUCGCUCUUCAGUAGAACGUGAUGCCACGCCACCUGGGGCCUCUGCCCUGCCAACCUGGCGUGUUGUGACUCCCGUUGACGCAGAACAAACACUCGUGUCGUGACGUGCACCAUAUACUGCGUAUCUUGUGUCCUACAGAAUGCCGGGGCUGAGGCUCUUGCGUCUAAUGAAGUAGUCUCAUCGGGUCUCCUAAUGACGGAACGCCUUCUCCGGCGCUUGUGACAUAGACUCUUAAUAGAGGCAGUUGUCU